CUAAAGUCGAGCCAGAGAGUGGAUGUGAAGAGCUUCAAAAUCGAGGGUGAAGGAGCGAACACCAUCUUCCAAGUGGAUAACAAGGGAGACCUGUUUGUCUCCAGGUCUCUGGACAGAGAGGAGAAGAACGCUUAUCAUCUGACCGCCACAAUGUUCGACGGGAACAAUCAGCUGAUAGAGGAUUCCGGAGAAUUUGUUGUUCAAGUGACCGACAUCAACGACAACACUCCAGUUUUCCCCAAAACAUAUAAUGGAUCCAUUAUGGAGAGGUCUACGAUAGGAACUAAAGUAAUUGAGGUGAGGGCCACCGAUGCUGACGACCCCACCACCGCAAACGGAGAACUCAAGUACUCUUUGAUCCAAGACAGAGCCAUUUCUCCCUUCGAAAUCCACAGCACUACAGGUGUGAUCAGCUGCAAGACAAACACGCUGGACCGGGAGAGCCAGAGUCGGUUUGUGUUGGUGGUUAAAGCUCAGGAUAUGAGAGGAAUGGCCUCCGGCAGCACAUCCACCACCUCCGUCACCAUCUCCAUCACCGACGCCAACGACAACUACGCCUCGUUCACCCGAAAGAUUUAUGAACUGCAGGUUCCAGAGGACCACAAGCUGAACGAGAAGAUCGGCACUCUGGAGCUGGAGGAUCGAGACGAGAUUCAGAACAAAGAGCCCAUCUUCACUAUUCUCAAUGAAAACAGCAAAAUGUUCAACAUCGAACUCAGCCCCAACAAGGACGGAAACCUCAUGCUCAAACAGGCUCUGGACUACGAGACAAAGAGCAUCUACACCUUCACUGUCCAGGUGCGAGAAAACCUGCUUUUCCCCGCCGAUAACAAGAACAGUGCAGCCACCACAGCUCAGGUGAACAUCAAGGUGUUGGAUGUAGACGAGGCUCCACUCUUCUCACAGCCCAUCUACACUUUCAAUGUGAUGGAGGAACGUACGGUGAACAACAUCGGAUCAGUGAAAGCCCGAGACCCUGACAGAGCUAAUAAGACCAUACGGUAUUCCAUCUUGGAUAAGGACUGCCCCAUCGGAAUUCACCCGUUCACAGGUCAGCUCUCCACCCAGAGGACGCUGGACCGAGAGCUGGAGGCCACACACAUGUUUCAAGUUAAAGCUCAGGAGGAGCCAAGUGGUUUGGAGUCGUUUGUGAAAGUCAACAUUAUAGUUCAGGACGUCAACGACAACAAGCCUGAACUGAAUGUGGAUGACAUCUUCGUAUGUGAGAACGACCGCACCAAUACGGUGAUAGGCACCUUGAGAGCGACAGAUAAAGACGACCAGCCCGCCUCCUUCACUUUCAGCCUGGCCAGCGACAACUCCAACUUCUCCAUCAGAGACUAUGGCACCACUAAUGUGAGCCACCCGAGCUGCCCCCCCCAGUCUGGCUAUGUGAGAGGAUUCAACCAUCCAUGUGGUUGCAUCUGUGUUCCCAUCUCAGGAGAGCCCAACAAAACCCAGGUGUUCAGCUUCUUCCAGACCGACCUGGGGGGCUUCCUCCCCCGCUCCGUGGUCGACUCGUUCUUCCCCUCCAGCAUGGCCGAGUUCUACAGCAACCUGGCCAAGGCCGUCAAGUCCCUGAAGGACCUUUGA